AUGACAAGGAUGGAGGUCGCUGGCUGCCCAUCACCGACUCCCUUCUCAUUCCCGGCACACGCACGUGUGGAAACGCGGACGCGCGAGCAGGUGCCGUCUCGGAUGGCUGACAUGGCAAUGGAGGCAUGGUGUGACGGUGUCCAGCGCCUCACGCAAGAGUACUUCUCCAGUCUUGGUGAGCUUGCGGUGGCCCAGCUGGGUCUCCGUGCUCCCGGUAGACAAGGCCAAUGCAACGGCAGUAGCACCGCAGAAAAGCGCGCAAUGAUGGGCAAGCUGCGAAGCAACCACCACGACGACUCGGAGCUGGAUGUGCAAGCGACAGAUAUUGAGGCAACAGAGAUGGCGCUGCUCCAGCAGUUGUGGGCGCAUCAUCAGCUUCAGCAGAAGCGCCAGAGAACAGUAAAGGUGGAUGACGGUGCUGAAAAGAAGGACUGCUCGAGCGGCGCAUCACAGGGCAGGGCAUCGACAGCGGGGGCAGUAGCAGGACCGGCCUUUACGGCACCUGAUGGCACUUCUUUCACCCACCCCCCAUCCUCCUCCGCAGCAGCGCCAGCAGCUCAGGACGCUGCACCUGAUAUCGCAUGCGACACGGCGGGGAAUGCGCCCUUGAAGACACAGCAGCACCCGACGUCUGAGCCCGCUGCUCGCAUUCCUGAGGAGUUGGUAGGGCUCUUUCGCACAGCACAGGCUCUGCGCUCUGCCAUGUCGAACCGCACCAGGCCACCGCCGCGGGCAACUCCAUCCAAUGAAGCUGCAGAAGGAGACAACCCUGUCGACCCCACGGCAGACUCUCUAUCUCGAGCGUCAGUGGUGCUGAGCGAGGAGGAGAAUGCGGAGGCCGCCGCGUUGGCGCUCCUGUGCUUUCGCUACUUCUACGACCCAAACUCAACCACGGCACCGCCGGUGCCGCCCGGCGCCCCUCCUGCCUCACCCACACCGCGCCACGGGCAACCGCCACGGCCCUCCUGUAUGUAUGAACAGCUGACCGACGUCACUAUAGGGCCACAGAAGCGCGAGCGCCACGCGGCACCCCUUCCGCGCAUCGCCCUUACAUCGCCAGAACGGCCCCUGCACGCAUGCAAGAGCACCGAUGCGUCGUCCCCCACAUCCCUGAGCAGUCCUGCGGCGUGGCGGAAGCUCAUUGCGAAGGCCGGCACCCUGGAGCGCGCCCAGCAACAACAACUGCUGCUGCAGAGCGACUUCUCCUUUGGCUUUCCCCCACACAGCGCCUCCGCGGAGAAGGCGAGUUUGGGAGGCAAAAGCGGCAACAACCGCGGCGCCGCUGGGCACAAAAAAUCGGUCCCGUUGCCGCUGCUGAACUCGCACGCAUCCCCCACGCCGGCAGGCGAGCGUCUGCCUUCCGCCGCAGCCCCCUCCCCGCUGCCACCAUCCACCACCACAGCACCAGCAGCAGCAGCAGCAGCAGCGAGCACGCCGCAUGUUGGUGAGCAACACCUGAUACUCCCCGCUCUGGCCCCCGGUACUACCGUGGCUCGGAGCAGCAUCACCACCUCGACAGUCCCAGCAACAGCAACAGCAGCGUCACUGCAGAUGCACAGCAAUGGCACUAACAAGACAGCACGCAGAGGCCGCAGCGGGCACCGCCGCUGCGCUUCGCAGCUCCUGCCCGGGUCUGUGGUCCUGCCACCAAACUACAGUGGCGCUCACGGCGAGAAACUCACAACAGCGCAGCUAGAGCAACUGGUGACGAGUGUUUCACAGGAUGGCGCGGUGGCGCAGGCUGAUGCAAAGCGCCAGUACGACGCCGCGGAUGCUGCGGCAGCGGAGCUCUAUCGUCUGCAGCAGGCUGUGGCAUGUGUGCUGCUGGAGAAUAUACAGCUGGAGAAGGACAUUUCCACCCUGACGGUCACGUCGCACGCAUGCGUGGCGGGAGAUGAAGAUAGCGAUGCGGACGAAGCCGGCUGGGACACAAAUGCCCCUGCAGGAAUGAGGGGGGGGCACCGCAGUGACAGGGUCGACUCGUACGGCGGCUGCCAGAGCGGCACUAACAAGAGCGGUGUCCGCACUAGGCCAGUGUCGUACUCCUCUACUUCGAUCUUCUCCCCAGCCUCCACAGCCCACCCCUUUCCAGGGAAGCGUAAGCGGCAGCUCAUUCUGCCACCUGCGCCGAGGCCACUUCCACAUUCCAAGACUGCACUCGUCCCUGUCUCGCUCCUUCUGGGCGCGACAGGGACAAAGAAGGCAGCGCCGCCGAUUUCAGCAGCAGUGGCACAGCCACGGCCUUGGCGAGAGGAAAGCGCGCGUGCGGAAAGUACGAAGCUGAGCCCAAAGAGCUCCCGCCAGAACAAGCCACGCACCGCUGCGCCUGCCAUCGCCGCUGUGGCAGAGGGGGUAACAGCGGCGGGCGGUGAGCAGGACCCACACACAAUCCUGCAGGAGCUCCGCACUGCCAUCGCGAGUCGUGAAGCGGAGAAGGCGCAGACGCUCGCUGAGAUCGAUGCCCUCUCCAGCCGCGUCACCCGCCACGACACGCUCUUGCACGCCGUGGCGGAGUACUGGCGACGCAACGCUGCCGUGAUGAAGCGUCAGCACUUUGCUGUGCAGUCGCAGCCGAAACAGUCCACGUCGUCGGAGAACAUAACCCGGCUUGACGAUGGUGAUGAUAGGUGCAGCUCCGGGAACGCCGUUGAUGCCACCACGCCAUCGUACCUCUGCAGUGCCUCCAGUGGAACACACGACGCUGUCACUCAAACCAGCAGCAGGGCUCAUUCCACCCCAGACCACAAACAUAGCAACAGCAUCCCCAUCACCGCCGCCACGAGCCCGUCCGGACAGAUGGCGAACCUGGACGAAUCACCGUCGCAGCUGCAGCGCGCCCUCGCGCAGAUGGAGCCCAUCUCGCCAACCCCGCUCAGCAGCAGCCCUUCCUUCGACCUGCACACCACCUCGUCCGUAGCAGGCGCACGCUCGCCACCGCUGCUGAUGGAGAUGCUAGCCCAACGGCAGAUCAUUCCCCCGCGCCGACGAGUACAGGAAAGUGAGUCGGCGGUGAAUAAAUCAAGCGCCAUGAGCGCCGCUCUCAGUGGUGCAACUGGCGCUGCAGUCGAGGCUGAGAACAUGCCGGUACGAGUUGAGAUGGGCGUUCACAUAACUCCGGCGACGGAGGACGAGUGCGGUGGCAGGUCCCACCGCAAGGUGGUCGCGCCGCCUCGGGAGGAUCCCGCGGUCGCUGGUGCUGCAGCCGCCCCAUCUUCGAUCCUCACGGACACCAGCACCACCGCCACGACGUUCCUCGAAUCCCCAGACAUCGCUUCUGACACGAUGGGCUGGCCACUGAGUGGCUCUGCCGCCGUCGCUGUUGGAACGCCACCAGCACUGAAGCAGAAGUGCUGCAAGACCGGAUAUGGGCAUUCUGUAUCGGCGGUGACAGUGAACCUGUUCAGCGGCAGCCCCCAUGUCUCUCCAGGCAACCUACUUGCACCUUCACCGGCCUUCACCCACACGCACGACGGAGAGGCGGGGGAAGGCGACGACAGCUUCCCAACCACCCCUCUGCACCCCAGUCGCAGCACCACCGCACACAACAGCCGCAACUACCCCAUCAGUGGCACGCGGCGCGAGGACGAAGACGUUCUGGAUCGCGGAUCGUGGCGCAUCAUACCGGCCCUUCAGCUGGAGAACGUGGACGAAAUUGCGGAGUUCAUCUAUAGCGUCUUUGAGCGACCGUAG